ACGCCGAACGAUGCCACACGCCACCACUGACCAACACACAAACACACACACACACACACACACGAGGACAACAUAGGACAGUGAAGGCUCAGUAUUCUUGACAUCAUCCUGUCGCCCGAUUUACAACAGCUCUCCUCCUCCGCCCGAGUUCAGAGAGUGGUGUGGUCCGAGAAAACGCUUCAGACCACAGCCUUCUUUCUGAGGUCAUCGGCGGGGAUGCGGCAACUCCCUCAAGAGAGUCCGCCCUUCGUGGAUGGCGAGGGCUUCCCGCAGGGCACUGAGGUGGGGUUGGCUGAUAGGCGGGACCAGGAGAGCGGGGAACUGCUGUGCACCAAAGUCAUGUGUGUAAGGAAGCGGCCAGAGUUCCGUGUGUCGCCCAGAAUCCAGUCUUAUCUGUCUUCCAAGGAGUUGUACCGGAGCCACGGAGAUGGGCGGCAGUUCAGCGGCUUCAGGAUACCACAGUUCCACAGCGACAGGAUGCGGGUUUGCCGCCCCGGCAGACCCAAAAACCUGGUGGGUCCACAACUCCAGACGUGCGUGUACCUGGAGGGAGGAAUGCCAGUCCACUACACCAGGAGGCCCCUAGACCCUCACGGACCGUCCUUGGGAGUGGUGAGAAGGCAUGACGGCUCAGUGAGGGAGGCCUUUCGAGUGCCCAAAGACAGCCUACCCAAAGCCACCGAUGAGCAGCCCUUCAGGAACCCAAACACCCUCUACGUCAACAUCUGGGAGGAGUUCAUCUUCGGCAAGUCUGUGAUCCCCAAGAGUAAGACAAGCAGAGCACACGUGAGGGAAGUUGAGGAGGAAGGAUGCUUCAAGUUCAUUCAUAGAAUCCUCAGUUCAUUUUUACCAAAGUUCGCCGUCGAUUUGUUGACCUACAUUGUCUACUUCUUUUUGUUUUUCGUCUCAUGCGUCGGGUACAACAUGUUCUGUGAUCUGGGCUGCUACAUCCUGUUCGCCCAGCACCUCAAGAUCCACGAGAGGGCGGACGAGGAGAAGCUGGAAGUGGUGUUCACCGGCAGCCUCUUCCAGGGGCCCCUGUACGCCAUGACGAGGAACUGGUGUGAGCACUGCAACCAGCGGGAGCGAGCGAAGGUCAUGUGGAAGCUGAUGAGGAAGAUGAAGACUGAUAUCCUGCCUCCCUCCAACCCGCCUGACGCUCCUCUGACGGGCGCCGUGCAGGCCCCCUCCUGAGGACCACUGCAGACGUGUGUACACAGCGAAGAACUAGAUGCUUAAAGUCAGUGUAACAUGUGUCGUGUUUCCUCAGGACUCGCAUUUUUUAUGUUAAAUAUAUUAUUAUCAUUAUUGGCGCUAUCGUUGUCGCUCUCUUCAUUAUAGGCCGCAUUAUUUCAUAAAGGGCUUGGUGUGAUCACACUCUGGCAGGAGAUCUAUACAGUGUUGCAGUGCUGCCCACCCAUGGGAAGCUCUCUGGAGUCUAUGUAAAUUGCAGAAUCAACAAGAUAUCAAGGUAUAAGAAGAUUAUACUAGUGUGUCGGGACCCCAGGUGCGAAACGAGAUCCGGAUGCACACCAACCUCCCUUGAGAUGUCAGUGAAAGUUGUGUGCUUGCUAUGUGAGCCGAGGCUUAUCUCGGUAAUCAGAGGUUUGGCGUUUGUGGCUCGUACUGUAACUGUUAUAGUAACUCACUGUGCUGCUGCAGGGAAUACUGUGCGGGUCACUGUGUCCUCAAAGUGAAUGGAAUAGCUUAGACGCAUUCCGCAUCCAUGUACAUGAAAGAGUUCAGUGAUAAGACUACUAGUAGUUGUCCCAUUGAAGUUGAUACAGUGUGAGGAGAGAGAGAGAGAGAGAGAGAGAGAGAGAGAGAGAGAGAGAGAGAGAGAGAGAGAGAGAGAUUUACAUAGAUAUUUAGACCACAGACUCUACGGUCCAGACUAGGUGGUCUGUCCAGAGAGAGAGAGAGAGAGAGAGAGAGAGACCUUGUUACUUCUUGUUACAGAUGUAUUUAAUAAAUUAUUUUUUUCUUA